AUGCCUGAAGGGAGGGAAGAUGGGAGAGGAGGAAGCUCCGGGGCAGAGGUCACCACGGGUCACGUCCACCGGUUCCUCACUCCCGGCUGUCCGGGUCCGAGCACCGCAGCCUGCUUGUUCUGUCCGACACCGCACCGGCCCUUGCCGCCGCCCGCGUCUUCAUCCCAGCAGCGAGGCUGUCGCACCCGAGGCGAGACCUCGCGCAGCGUGUGCCAUCCACGGACCCGGCAACGGACCCGGCAACGGACCCGGCAACGGACCCGGCAACGGCCCCGGCAACGGCCCCGGAAACAGACCCAGCAACGGACCAGGCAACGGACCCAGCAACGGACCCGGCAACGGACCCAGCAACGGACCCGGCAACGGACCAGGACUCGGACCCGGCAACGGACCCAGCCACGGACCCGGCAACGGACCCGGCAACAGACCCGGCAACGGACCCAGCCACGGACCCGACCCAGCAAAGGACCAGGCAACGGACCCAGCAACGGACCAGGCAACGGACCAGGCAACGGACCCGGCAACGGACCCGGCAACGGACCCGGCAACGGCCCCGACAACAGACCCAGCCACGGACCCGCCAACGGACCCGGAAACGGACCCGGCAACGGACCCAGCCACGGACCCGGCAACGGACCCGGCAACGGCCCCGGCAACAGACCCAGCAACGGACCAGGCAACGGACCCAGCAACGGACCAGGCAACGGACCAGGCAACGGACCCAGCCACGGACCCGGCAACGGACCCGACAACGGACCCGGCAACGGACCCGGCAACGGCCCCGGCAACGGCCCCGGAAACAGACCCAGCAACGGACCAGGCAACGGACCCAGCAACGGACCCGGCAACGGACCAGGACUCGGACCCGGCAACGGACCCAGCCACGGACCCGGCAACGGACCCGGCAACGGACCCGGCAACGGACCCGGCAACGGACCCAGCCACGGACCCGGCAACGGACCCGGAAACGGACCCGGCAACGGACCCAGCCACGGACCCGGCAACGGACCCGGCAACGGCCCCGGCAACAGACCCAGCAACGGACCAGGCAACGGACCCAGCAACGGACCAGGCAACGGACCAGGCAACGGACCCAGCAACGGACCCGGCAACGUCCCCGGCAACAGACCCAGCAUCGGACCAGGCAACGGACCAGGACUCAGACCCGGCAACGGACCCGGCAACGAACUUGGCAACGGACCCGGCAACGGACCUGGCAACGGCCCCGGCAACGGCCCCGGCAACGGACCCAGCAACGGACCAGGCAACGGCCCCGGCAACGGACCCGGCAACUACCCAGCAACGGACCAGCAACGGACCCGGCAACGGACCCGGCAACGGACCCGGCAACGGACCCAGCAACGGACCCAGCAACGGACCCGGCAACGGACCCGAAACGGACUCAGCAACGGAACCAGCCACGGACUUGGCAACGGACCCGGCAACGGACCCAGCAACGGACCAGGCAACGGACCAUGGCUCGGACCCAGCAACGGAUCCGGCAACGGACCAUGGCUCGGACCCAGCAACGGACCCGGCAACGUACCCGGCAACGGACCAGACCCAGCAACGGACCAGGCAACGGACCCAACAACGGACCAGGCAACGGACCCAACAACGGACCAGGCAACGGACCAGGACUCGGACCCGGCAACGGACCCGGCAACGGACCAGGCAACGGACCCAGCAACGGUCCAGGACUCGGACCCGGCAACGGCCCCGGCAACGGCCCCGGCAACAGACCCAGCAACGGACCAGGCAACGGACCCAGCAACGGACCAGGCAACGGACCAGGACUCGGACCCGGCAACGGACCCGGCAACGGACCAGGCAACGGACCCAGCAACGGUCCAGGACUCGGACCCGGCAACGGACCCGGCAACGGCCCCAGCAACGGACCCAGAAACGGACUCAGCAACGGACCAGGCAACGGACCAGGACUCGGACCCGGCAACGGACCCGGCAACGGACCAGGCAACGGACCCGGCAACGGACCAGGACUCGGACCCGGCAACGGACCCAGAAACGGUUCCAGCAACGGACCAGGCAACGGACCAGGACUCGGACCCGGCAACGGACCCGGCAACGGACCAGGCAACGGACCCAGCAACGGUCCAGGACUCGGACCCGGCAACGGACCCGGCAACGGCCCCAGCAACGGACCCGGUAACGGACCCGGCAACGGACCAGGCAACGGACCCAGCAACGGUCCAGGACUCGAACCCGGCAACGGACCCGGCAACGGCCCCGGCAACGGACCCGGUAACGGACCCAGAAACGGACUCAGCAACGGACCCGGCAACGGACCAGGCAACGGACCCUGCAACGGAGCCGGCCCGGGAGGGUUCUUGCCACGCAGCAUGGCUUCAGUAUCCGCAGCAGAAACCUGUGUUCCGUGCGGACCAGAAGCUGGGCCUCGGGAUCUCGCUGUCGGCAGCGACGAACCGCAUCUUGGACGUCCGUCAGCUGAGCGCUCACGAGCCGCCUCCCCCCGCGCGCGCUCGACUUUAUAGACACCUCCCGGACACCGCUUUCCACUCCGACGCCGGUCCGCCGACCGACCCCGCGACUGGUGGCGUCGGCGAUAAGGACGCGUGA